AUCCGCCCGACAGGCGGCGCGGGCUGCGGGCGGCGUGGGCGGCGGCUGGGGUCCGGCUUCGGGUUGCUGGCGGCUGCGCUGGUUCCUCUACGUUGCGGGCGUGCGGCGAUGGUGCGGUUUGGCCGAUGGUGGUCGGGCGACCUGGUGGUGAUGGCCGGCGGUGCGCGUGGUGGUGGUGCUUCCACUUGGCGGCUCUCUGUGCGGGGAGGCAGGGGAGCGGCUUGGACAGGGGCGGUGGCGUCCACGGCGUUCCGGCUGCAGCGUCCGGUCAGCUACCGUCUUGGACACGGGCCUGGUAUGUUCCUACUAUUGCGUCCGGUCAGCUACCGUCGAAGACGGUGGAGGUGGGGCCCUCCCGCAUGCGGACGGUGCUACUGCCCUAGUCCCGGCUCCUCUUCUUCUUUGUGCGGACCAUGCUUCACGGUACCGGUGUGAGACGGUGUGCGAAGCUUCGUGUCCGGGUUGGCGCAGGGUGAGGGUCUGUUUGGUGGUGAGCUCUGGAGUGCCUGAGGUGAAGGUUGGGAUCGGGAGAAAUCCCUAUUGGCUUGACCGACACCGAUGCGGUGGCGCUUGUGAAUACCGCCGGAACUUUCUAGAGGGUGUCAGGGCUACCCUUCCUCUCUCCUCACAGCGUAUCGGGGGAAAGCCUUGGCAGCAGCGUCGUUUUCGUCGCGUCCCUUCUUGGAGGUGCUGAUUCAUCCCGGUGCUUCGGAGGCUGGAGCUUGGUGGGCAAUCUCCGGUGGGUGCAGCAGCCACGAGGCUGCUUCUUCGUUUUCGUCUAUCCGCCGUUGUUGGCAUUUGUUUCUCUUGUAUUUUUUAUUUUUUUUUUCUUUUUGGGCGUGACUGUGCUGCUUCCGCCCCAGUACCUAUCGUUGGAUGUAUCGGUUGGUUGCUUUGUAUACAAAGCGGGGGAAACCCUUUUUCGGCAAAAACUGGAGCUGGUGCCGCACACGAUCUGUCCGCGAGUAAUCAAUCUGAAUCUCCCUAACAGCCGUCGACGCUCCGCAUCCAGUCUCACUCACGAGAGUGAACGAAGUGGCGCUGGGACCUCUUAUAAGCUGCUCGCUGCGUCCAGCAGCAGCGGGGCGCAUAGGGCAAUCUAACUGGCCAAGCACACUAGCACUGUCAUGUUAAUAUAAAUGUACAAAAUGUUCUGUAACGGCACAUGUAAUAUAUUCUCAUGGACUCUCCAACAGCCAUACGGUAGCACCUUACAUACUGUAGCGAAGUUGCACAUUUUGAGUUACUUUAUAAUAAUAAAAAAGCAUGAACGAAAAAUUAAACAAAUUUUCACUUUCUGAGCUGUUUUUUUAAACACGGAAAACAUAAAAUCCAAAACAUUGUGAAUGUUUUUUGAAAAAACGUGAACCAAUUUUGAAAACGUGAGAACUUAAAUGAUAUUCUAAACAUAUUUUGGAAAUUUGAAUAAAUC